AUGCGAGGCCCUAACAAGACAAGUUGCCGUUCCUCCGUUGUUCUCCUCCUCGUCAUCUUCUCCCUCUCACCGUCUUUCAAUGUGUCACCGACAACGCCGUUGACGGUAACGGUAACGUCGCCCGUAACUGUGGCGACGGCGGCGAAAGUAAUCGGAGCGGAGAGAGUUACUUACAAGUCCCCAGAUCCGAACGAAGAGGAGAAGUUAGAAGCUGCGUUAGGCAAGAUUAAAGCCCCAGUUCAGGCCCUAACGGUGGCAACCCUCCGAAAGACUAUAACGGAGCAUUCCCGCGUCCUUAUAGUGUUUUUCAAUAAGGAGGAUAAGGCGUUUCCGUUGCUCGUGGAUGAUGUGUCUGGAGCUAAAGCGGAGUUGACUAAGCUGGGUGUGACUGUAGCGAUGGUGGAUGGAAUUUCGGUGGGCGAAAACGUUCGCAAAGAGUUCAAGGCUUAUGGCGACAUGCCGAAUUUCGUGCUCGUCAGAGACGGAGUUUUCAGACCAAUCAGAGGCUACCCCGAGAGUGACGAGCUCAUUACCUUUGUGAAGAAGCGCCUGGGCCUGUUAGUGACUCACCUCACCGCCUCAGAAGCGCACAAGGCACACUCCUUGCUUGCUGCUUCCAACGCCAUCGCCCUCGCUUUCCUGCACUCCCUCAAGGGCCCGGAGGCGGAGGCGUUCGCGGAAGCGUCUCGCGACAUUGAUGACAUCGAGUUUAUUGCAACGACAGAUGCAAACAUCGCUGCGGAGUUCAGAAUUGUGAGCAAGGAGCGACCGACUGUGGCGGUUAUUAAGAAGGAAGACGAGAAGUUUGUUGCUCAUGACGGUCCCUUCACCAGCAGUGCCGUUGCCGCCUUUGUAACGGCAAACAAGCUGCCUCUGGUUACCACCUAUGAUGAGGAGAGCCAGUACACUAUAUUCAACAGUGAUAUCAAGAAACAAGUGUUGCUUCUGGCAACGAAUGAGACCUACCCGCAGCACCUGCCAGUGGUGAAAGAGGCUGCCAGGCGGGUGAAAGGACUGGCUCACUUUGUGUAUAUCAACAGUGACCUGCCAGAAUCAGAACACGCCCUUGAAUACUUUGGCUUCAGGCACGGCGAUACUGCGAUCAUGGGCAUGGUAUCCAAUGAGACGGACGAGGUCAAAUUCAAGUUCAACGGGCAGAUCACCACCGAUGACAUAGAGGCCUUUGCUCGUGAGCUUGCUGCCGACCGUCUGGAGCCUUAUUACCUCUCCGACCCCAUCCCUGAGAAGAACGACGGUCCAGUGCUGACGGUGGUGGGGAAGAAUUUCAAGGACAUUGUAAUGGACAGGAGCAAGGACGUGCUACUCAAGAUUGACGUGGAUCACUGUGACGACUGCACCGAUCUUGACCCCACCUUCAAGAAGCUUGCCAUCAAGUUCUCGGGUGCGCCCUCGCUCGUCUUUGCGCGGAUGAACGCGCGCAACAACGAGUACCCGGGCCUGGAGGUGUCGGCCUUCCCCACACUGCUGCUCUACCCCGCCAAUCGAAAGUCUGACCCGAUCGACACUCACCACACUCGCCUCGGCCCGUUGACCGACUUUGUUGUGCGGAACUCUGCCAUUCCAGUUAAGAUGCCUUCUGACAUGCCGUCUCAGAGGCCGUCCCAGCGCUCCAGGUCCAAGGAGGAGGCGGAAGAGGAGAAGGAGAUUCGCCGUGAUCUUGAGGAGGCAAAGGCGCCGAAAAAAGGGUCUCAUGAUGAGCUUUGA